AUGAUUGUGAGGUGGAUCUUGUUGCAGUCUGUGUGUCUACAUGUCAUCUCAGCAGCCUUUGAUAACAUCUCCACAGACCCGGAGGAUGUGCUGAGUGUGAGCAUUCCUCUGGAGGAGCCACAGCGUCCUCUACUGGGAGCAUCGAUGGUACUACCGUGUUACUUCGAGGACCACACUGUCCCCGACCCAGGAGCUCCCACCAUCGCUCCCCUCGCCCAUCGUAUCAAAUGGAGCCUCGUCACCAAACAAAAAGUCACUACUAUCCUGGUGGCCUUGGAAGGACAGGUGCGUAUCAGGGAGAGCUACCUGGACAGAGUUCAUCUGGUCGGCUACUCCGUGACUUCUACGGACGCCAGCAUCAAGAUAUCCGAGCUGCGGUCCAGCGACUCAGGAGUCUACCGUUGUGAGGUUCAGCACGGCAUCGAGGACAACCACGACAUCGUCGACGUGCAGGUUCAAGGUAUGGUGUUCCACUACCGGCCCAUCAUGGGACGCUACACUUUGACUUUUGAAAAGGCGACGGCAGCAUGCACCCAGAACAAUGCGGUCGUGGCUUCACCUGAACAGCUUCAAGCGGCCUACGAUGAUGGAUUAAACCAGUGUGACGCUGGAUGGCUCUCUGACCACACAGUCAGGUACCCGAUCCAUGAGCCUCGUGAGAACUGCCACGGUGACAAAGAGGAUCAGCCCGGGGUCAGGACAUACGGAGAGAGAGAACUCACUGAGACUUAUGAUGUCUACUGCUUCACUGAGAAGAUGACAGGCAGAGUUUUCCACACCACUUCUGCAGAGAAGUUCACCUACUCUGAGGCCGUGGUGGCCUGCUCCAAUCAGGGAGCUGAGCUGGCCACCACCGGUCAGCUCUACCUGGCCUGGCAGGGUGGGAUGGACGUCUGCAACGCCGGCUGGCUGGGAGACAGGAGCGUCCGCUACCCAAUCAACAUCGCUCGGCUGCAGUGUGGAGGGGGUCUGCUGGGGGUGCAAACUGUUUACCUCCACAAAAACCAGACAGGAUACCCACUUCCUGAGUCCCGCCACGACGCCUUCUGCUACACAGAGUCCCCUGAUGAGGAAGGUUCAGGCAUCACAAAAGAGGGAUGCGUGGUGCCGAGUGUUGCCAGGGUGACGCUGAGCCCAGAGGUGUUCUUCUGGAGGACGCCCACAGAGAGCGAGGCGGUCGGAGAGGUGGAGACUCAGCAGCCAACCGUUGUUGACGAAGAGAUAAAGCCGGCCGCCGCCCUGCCCGACGUAGGCAGAGAGCCCAGCAAAGGCUUUGUGAUGCCUCGAACUGGUGUGGUCUUCCAUUAUCGCGCAGGCUCCAGCCGCUACGCCUUCACCUUCGCCGAGGCCCAGUUGGCCUGCCAGAGUGUCGGAGCCUCCAUCGCCACACCGGAGCAGCUGCAGGCAGCGUAUGAGGCUGGAUAUCACCAGUGUAAUGCAGGAUGGGUAUUGGACCAGACCGUGAGGUAUCCCAUUGUUUUCCCUCGAGAUGCGUGCGCUGGAAAUCUGGGGGAUCAACCUGGAGUUCGGUCAAAUGGUUUGAGGCCAGCAGACGAGAGAUAUGAUGUGUACUGCUACAUUGAUGGGCUCAAAGGUGAGGUUUUCCAUGUGGGCUCCGCUAAGGGAUUCACCUACGAUGAGGCUGUUUCUAGCUGUCAAGAGCACAACGCCGUACUGGCCUCCACCGGAGAGCUCUAUGCAGCCUGGAAAAUGGGUCUGGACAAGUGCCGUGCUGGAUGGCUAGUGGACCGUAGUGUCCGCUAUCCCAUCAACAACCCCAGCAUUGAGUGUGGAGCUGGGAAAUCAGGAGUAUACACUGUGUACUCUCACCCCAGCCAGACAAGCUUCCAUGAACUUCACGCCAGAUUUGAUGCGUACUGUUUCAGAGAUAUCCAGGAGGCCCUCAUUAACCCAACAUCAACUACUAAUCUGUUGACACUUGGUAAGCUCGAUUUACAUCGUGAACAAAUGACUUUCUUACUUGUGCAAUUGUCCCUUUUAUUUCCAAUGUCCCUCACUCUUUUUUCUGUACGUCCCUUCAGCUGUUCCUUCCGUCUUCACUCCCAGCCCUGUGGAGACAUCGAGCUCUGCCUCAGGCUCAGAAAACGUCAGCUCAGGGUCUGUGAUCUGUCUGGAUCUGGAGACCUGUCUGGUUCUGGAGACAGGGUGAUCUCUGGAGGUCUGUCUGGAUCUGGGGACCAGUCUGGUUCUGGAGAUCAGGUCACCUCUGGAGAUAUAUCUGGUUCUGGUGACCUGUCUGCUUCUGGAGACCUGUCUGGUUCUGGAGACUUGUCUGCUUCUGGAGGCUUGUCUGCUUCUGGAGACCUGUCUGGUUCUGGAGACUUGUCUGCUUCUGGAGACCUGUCUGGUUCUGGAGACCUGUCUGGUUCUGGAGACCUGUCUGCUUCUGGAGGCUUGUCUGCUUCUGGAGACUUGUCUGGUUCUGGAGACUUGUCUAGUUCUGGAGACCUGUCUGGAUCUGGAGACCUGGCCGGCAGUGCCAGUGCUGAGCUGCCCAGCGGAGCAUCAGGUUCCAGCAGUGCAGACGCUUCUGGAUCAGGUCUCAGUGGAGAAGGAUCCGGCAUCACUGUUGUAUUUUCAGGCAGCGACAGCAUUGUCUCUGGAGAGGGUUCAGCUUCAGGAGGACUCCAAGAAGCCGGAGAGGGUAGCGCAGGGUCGUCCGGUUUCCUCACCGGCCAGGACUUUUCUGGGUUCAGUGGUUUCCCAUCAGGAUUCUCCUCUGGAAGUGCUAGUGGACACUCAGGAGAGCUUUCGGGAAGUGGAGACGCUCAGAUCUUACUGAUAGACGGUGAACUGAUCGACGCGUCCACCCCUAUUACCCACAAGGAACAUGAGCUUGACGGAGGCCAACUAGCGUUCAGUGGCUCUGGAGAUAUUUCAGGAUCUGGGAUUCUCACUGGCUCAGCCUCUGGAAGUAACUCUGAGUUCUUCUCAGGUGUGACCUUAGUGGGGUCAGGGUUCACUGAACUUACAGUGUCAUCCUCUGGAGAGCAAGAGGCCUCUGGGUUUCUAAUCUACAGCUCUGGACAGGGAAGUGGUGAACAUUUAUCGGGAUCUAGAAGCUCAAGUUUCCUCUCUGGGUCUGGAUCGGGAAUGUCUGGAUCAGGACUGUCUGGAUCCGAGUCCUCAACAAGUGGAGAAGAAGGCAGUGUUACAUUUUUGACUGAGGAUUUUAUAACAGAGGUAUCCGGAGACACUACAUUGUCUUCGGAGCUUGGACAGGGGUCAGUGGAGUACAGCGGAGAAGGAAGCAGUAGUAGUAACAGCGGCUACACCACAGCCAGCGGCUCUUCUUCAGGAACUUCCUCUGGAGAUCUGCCACAGGUGGAAGUGCUGCCCUCUCCAUCCAGUGAGCGGGCACUGACAGAGAGCACCACAGGACCAGAGGAGGCCGUUAGUGAGGAUAAACCGUCACAGACCCCUGAUGACGUCCCCCCUGUGCUUGCCCCCACUGGACUGGCGGCUCCUCCCACUGCAGCUACACCAGGCGUUGUUGAAGAAACUGAACCAGCGAAGGAGGUAGAUGUGUGCCAUCCCAACCCUUGUGCCAACGGAGCGACCUGUGUGGAGUGCGCAGACUCUUACAAAUGCUUAUGCCUGCCCAGCUACGGAGGAGAACGCUGUGAGAUCGCUUACUUGUGCAAUUGUCCCUUUUAUUUCCAAUGUCCCUCACUCUUUUUUCUGUACGUCCCUUCAGCUGUUCCUUCCGUCUUCACUCCCAGCCCUGUGGAGACAUCGAGCUCUGCCUCAGGCUCAGAAAACGUCAGCUCAGGGUCUGUGGUUGAUGGUGCCUCUGGGGGUCACUCUGGAGACUUGUCUGGAUCUGGAGACCAGGUAAUCUCUGGAGAUCUGUCUGGAUCUGGAGACCUGUCUGGUUCUGGAGACAGGGUAAUCUCUGGAGGUCUGUCUGGAUCUGGGGACCAGUCUGGUUCUGGAGAUCAGGUCACCUCUGGAGAUAUAUCUGGUUCUGGUGACCUGUCUGCUUCUGGAGACUUGUCUGGUUCUGGAGACCUGUCUGGUUCCAACAGUGCAGACGCUUCUGGAUCAGUUCUCAGUGGAGAAGGAUCCGGCAUCACUGUUGUAUUUUCAGGCAGCGACAGCAUUGUCUCUGGAGAGGGUUCAGCUUCAGGAGGACUCCAAGAAGCCGGAGAGGGUAGCGCAGGGAUCUUUAUCUUCCCUUCAUCUGAAUCAGGCUCUGGAGCGUUCGGUGGUAGCGGGGACCUGUCCGGAUCUGGAUCUGGUUUCAGCUCUGGGGAGAGUGGUUCUUCCAUUGACAGCUUCGGGGAAAGUGGACAGUUCUCUGGCACGUCGUCCGGUUUCCUCACCGGCCAGGACUUUUCUGGGUUCAGUGGUUUCCCAUCAGGAUUCUCCUCUGGAAGUGCUAGUGGACACUCAGGAGAGCUUUCGGGAAGUGGAGACGCUCAGAUCUUACUGAUAGACGGUGAACUGAUCAACGCGUCCACCACUAUUACCGACAAGGAGCAUGAGUUUGGUGGAGGCCAACUAGCGUUCAGUGGCUCUGGAGAUAUUUCAGGAUCUGGGAUUCUCAGUGGCUCAGCCUCUGGAAGUGACUCUGAGUUCUUCUCAGGUGUGACCUUAGUGGGGUCAGGGUUUACUGAACGUACAGUGUCAUCCUCUGGAGAGCAAGAGGCCUCUGGGUUUCUAAUCUACAGCUCUGGACAGGGAAGUGGUGAACAUUUAUCGGGAUCUGGAAGCUCAAGUUUCCUCUCUGGGUCUGGAUCGGGAAUGUCUGGAUCAGGACUGUCUGGAUCCGAGUCCUCAACAAGUGGAGAAGAAGGCAGUGUUACAUUUUUGACUGAGGAUUUUAUAACAGAGGUAUCCGGAGACACUACAUUGUCUCCGGAGCUUGGACAGGGGUCAGUGGAGUACAGCGGAGAAGGAAGCAGUAGUAGUAACAGCGGCUACACCACAGCCAGCGGCUCUUCUUCAGGAACUUCCUCUGGAGAUCUGCCACAGGUGGAAGUGCUGCCCUCUCCAUCCAGUGAGCGGGCACUGACAGAGAGCACCACAGGACCAGAGGAGGCCGUUAGUGAGGAUAAACCGUCACAGACUCCUGAUGACGUCCCCCCUGUGCUUGCCCCCACUGGACUGGCGGCUCCUCCCACUGCAGCUACACCAGGCGUUGUUGAAGAAACUGAAUCAGCGAAGGAGGUAGAUGUGUGCCAUCCCAACCCUUGUGCCAACGGAGCGACCUGUGUGGAGAGCGCAGACUCUUACAAAUGCUUAUGCCUGCCCAGCUACGGAGGAGAACGCUGUGAGAUCGAUGAGCAGCAGUGUGAAGACGGUUGGACUAAGUUUCAGGGGAACUGCUACCUGAACUUCGCUGACAGAGAGAUGUGGCUGGAGGCAGAGAUGCGCUGCCGGGACCUGAACGCCCACCUGGUCAGCAUCAUCACCCCAGAGGAGCAGAACUUUGUCAACUUGAACGCACAGGAUUACCAGUGGAUCGGGCUGACGGACAAGACAGUAGAGCAUGACUUCCGCUGGACAGAUGGCACUCCACGGCAAUACGAGAACUGGAAGCCGGACCAGCCGGAUAAUUACUUCCACUCUGGAGAAGACUGUGUGGUGAUGAUCUGGCACGAGAACGGCCAGUGGAACGACGUGCCCUGCAACUACCACCUGCCGUUUACCUGCAAGAAAGGCCCAGUGUCCUGCGGUGCCCCGCCGAAGGUGGAGAACGCCUACAUGUUUGGAAACAGGAGGGAGGAAUACCCGGUCAAAUCCAUCAUCCGGUAUCAGUGCAGCCCAGGGUUUAGACAGCGCCACCCUCCGGUGGUUCGCUGUAAGGCAGACGGGCAGUGGGAGAAACCCCAAGUGGAAUGUAUCAAGUGAAAGCCAGAAGAAGAAUACAGCGGAGGAGAAGCAGGAGUCUGACAGCCGGCAGCAAGCUUCACUAAAAAGGAAAAAAAGAGGAAUUACUAUUUAUACAGUGCCUUCAGAAAGUAUUCAGACCCCUUC